CCCCCAUGUUGAAGCUUUUAUUCUAACUGGGCAGUUUGGCAUAUCGGCCUCUAAGGGGCGCUGUUACAUGGUAAAUGGAUGUGUUGGCGCUGUGUGAUGCAGUGCAGCUCCCUCCUCUGUCGCUGCCAUUUGGCACCAGAGAGCUUCGCGUGAACGACGUACAAUCGUUGAGCUCAAAUAACGCGCAUCUGAUUGCGCCUGCUUUGGUUCUGUCUUUUUUUCGAUUGCGUCCCUUUAUUGGAAUAUUUUUAAUUUCAUAUGGAGGCUAAAAACAUUCAUCCGAGCCGAGGAGGAAUGCGAUGGCGACGCGCGGCCGGCCUCUUUGUCUUUUGGUGUUUUUUUCUCCACGCGAGCGAGGCCCAAAUCCGCUACUCAAUCCCCGAGGAGAUGAAAAAAGGCUCGCUCGUCGGAAAUGUGGCCCAAGAUCUCGGUUUGGAUCUGAAAAGACUCCGUUCUGGGCGGGCCCGCAUCGUGACCGGGGAGAACGUCCAGUACGCCGAGCUGAGGGCGGACAAAGGGCUCCUGGUUGUCCAUGAGAGGAUAGAUCGAGAACAGCUGUGUGGAGACGUGACGCCGUGCAGCUUCACCUUCGAGAUUUUGUUGGAAAACCCCAUGGAAUUGCACCCGGUCACCAUCGAAGUGUUGGACGUCAACGACAACGCGCCCACUUUUGAAAAUAAACAUUUAGAAUUCGAAAUUAGCGAGUCUGCUGCGCUUGCCUCCCGUUUUGUGUUGGAGGCUGCGUAUGAUGCUGACGUGGGUGCAAACGAUUUGCAGAGCUACAUUUUAACACCGAGUGAUCAUUUUGUGUUGAAGCAACACGUCAGUCCGGGAGGAAGUAAACAUGCAGAAAUGGUCCUGCAGAAAGCCUUAGACAGAGAACAGCAGCCGCGACUUUCCCUUAAAUUAGUGGCUGUGGACGGUGGGAAUCCACAGAGGUCAGGUACGGUAAAUAUAGAUAUUAACAUUCAAGAUGCAAAUGAUAAUGCGCCCGUCUUUAAUCAAACCGUUUAUAAAGCAAAAGUGACAGAAAAUGCAGCAAAAGGCUCUCACGUUGUGACUGUGAAUGCCACUGAUGCUGAUAGUGGUUCAUAUGGGAAAGUCACAUACUCGUUUUCAAAAUCAAAAGCAGGAAUUGCAGAUAUCUUUCAUAUUGAUGAGAUGACAGGAUGCAUAUCGGUCGUAAAACAAAUCGAUUAUGAAAAAGACAAGUCAAUAGAAUUCAUGGUUGAAGCCAAAGAUCAAGGUGCAUUAACAGACUCCACCAAAGUGGAAAUCGAAGUCCUGGAUUUGAAUGAUAAUGUCCCCGUCCUCAACGUGAUGUCCUUCACGAGUCCGGUUUCAGAAGACUCCCCGGCUGGUACCACGAUCGGUAUCAUGAACGUAAAAGACCAGGAUUCUGGCGAAAACGGUCACGUGAGGUGCGCCAUCGAAGGCCGCGUUCCAUUUCGCAUGAAAUCCAACGUGCGCAAUUAUUUUGCCUUGGUGACCGAUGCCGAUUUGGAUCGCGAAAGCGUGUCCGAAUAUAACAUCACAGUCGUCGCGUCGGACGCCGGCUCGCCUCCCCUCUCCGCCGAGAGAACUUUUCAUUUGAAAGUUUCCGACGUGAACGACAACGCUCCUGUGUUUGCCGUCAGCUUUUAUCGUGCCAACCUCGCCGAAAACAACUCGCCGGGUGUUUCCGUGCUGAGAGUGAGUGCCAAAGACCCAGAUGAAAACCAGAACGCUCGUGUCUCUUACAUGUUGGAGCAGGGCGAGAUCGGGGGAACUCCGAUUGCCUCGUUUGUGUCCGUGAACGCCCAAAGCGGAGUCGUCAGCGCCGUGCGCUCCUUCGACUACGAGCGGAUGAAGCGGCUGGACUUUGCGGUGCGAGCGCAGGACGGAGGCUCCCCUCCUCUCUGUAGCAACGUGAGCGUGGGCAUCCUGAUCCGGGACCAGAACGACAACGCCCCUCAGGUCCUGUACCCGGUCCAGCCGCACGCCGAAAUGGUGCCUCGUUCGGCAGACGCGGGCUAUCUGGUGACUAAAGUGGUGGCCGUGGAUGUGGACUCUGGACAGAACGCCUGGCUCUCCUAUAAAGUGCAGCACAAAUUUGGGGGCGCAGACAGGGGGGCGCUGUUUGAAGUGGGCCUCCACAAUGGAGAAAUGCGAACUGUCCGCCAAGUGACUGAUAAAGAUGCUGUCAAACAAAGACUGACUGUCGUAGUGGAGGACAACGGGCAGCCCUCUCGUUCGGCUACGGUCGCGGUGAACGUGGCGCUGGCGGACGGCUUCCCCGAAGUGCUGAGGUCGGAGUUCGCCGACGACUUUAGCGAGGACUACGACGACCGGCUGACUUUUUACUUAGUCUCGGCUUUGGCCGCGGUCUCCUUCCUCUUCGUCGCCUGCUUGCUGCUUAUCGUGUCGCUCAAAGUGUACAGGUGGAGACGGUCUCGCGUCCUGUACCGCUCCGACCUCCCCGUCAUUCCGUAUUAUCCGCCGCGCUACUGCGACACUUUGGGGACGGCGGGGACGCUCCCGCACGUCUACAAUUACGAGGCGUGCGCCGCCGCCAAGAGUCACGUGACGAACACGCAAGCCGUGAGUCAAAGUUUAGUGAGUGUGGACGGAGCGGACGCUGACGUGCCGCACGGCGGCGAGCAGACGUCGGGGAACUGCUCUCGGAUGUCGACUUUGGUGAGUCAAAUCAGUACACUUGUUUCAAUAUAUGUUUGUUUUCAGAGUUUAUAUCAUGGAGAAGCCUUGUUCUUGUAUUGAUGCAUAUUUUAAAGUCAUUACAUUUCAUUUGCAGUCGUGUGUUCAGAACCUGAAAGCCAUGCUAGAUUAAAAGUAGACAGAAAUA